AUGGGGAGAGAUGUUUGGGUCUUCCCCUUCCUCAGCCUCCUCUCAUUUUUGAUCUCACGCCAUUCAAUAAUAAUAGCUGUUGCUGUUCCCACCAGCAAUACAUCAUCCCCUUAUUCGUCCCAACGCCCGAACCAUGCCAGUGAAUGCGAUGCCCUGCUCCAGUUCAAUCAAUCAUUUACCAUCUCAAGGGAUGCCUCUGCAAAUUGGCUUUGGGGAGUCCUCCAUUCCAACAGCACUCUCUUCUCGCUCCGGAAUCUUCAGUGGCUAAAUCUCGCUGGCAACAAUUUCAUUGACUCGCAAAUUUCAUCGAGGUUUGGUAUACUUACAGGAUUGGCACAUCUCAAUCUCUCUGGUUCUUCCUUGUCGGGGAUCAUUCCUCUGGAGAUGAUAUCUCAUCACCUUUCCAGCCGAAUUUCACUCGAUCUCGCUGGUAACUUCGGCCUAACAGUAGAAGAGGAUCGUAAUUUCAGGAGGUUUGUUAGUAAUCUCACUCAGCUAAGAGAACUUGCUCUUGAUAGUGUAGACAUGUCUAGAGUUUCUCUUACCUCCUUCAUGAAUCUUUCUUCCACUCUGACUUCUUUGAGUCUUGAUGACUGCUUUCUACAAGGGACAUUCCCAAUUAAUAUCUUCCAUCUCCCAAAGCUCCGCAUUCUCUCUCUUUCUAAUAAUUAUGAUCUCACGGGUGCUUUCCCCCAAACAAAUUGGAGUAGUAGCCCACUUGUCCGCUUGAUUCUAUCAUAUACAAAGUUCCACGGACCAAUUCCUGAUUCAGUGGGGAAUCUCACAUCCUUGGAAUAUUUGGACCUCUUAGACAGCGAAUUUACUGGUUCGAUACCACCAACACUUGGAAACCUUGACCGCCUCUCUUCCUUGUCCCUCAGUGUUUUCAACCUCAGUCGUAUCGUCGUAGACUUUGAAAUGUUUGCAAAGCUAAAGAAUCUUGAGCACCUUUGGCUUGUGAGGAACCUUAACUUAAUGCUUCCGAACAGUGGGAACUGCUCCUUCCCGCGGCUCAAAGAGUUGACACUCCUUGGCGUCAACUUGACCAGUACAUUCCCAUAUUUCUUGAGAUCUUCACCUGAGCUGGAAGUGUUGGACCUUUCCGGAAACAUGAUUAGUGGUCCAAUUCCUGAAUGGUUUGGGAGAGUUCGGAGCAACACGCUGAUAUACUUGGAUCUAUCAUCUAAUAAUUUUACCGAAGAGAUUCCAUCCUCAAUCUGCCAACUGAGUUCAAUAAGAGAUAUGUUUCUCUCAUACAACAGACUCAAUGGCACCAUCCCGAGAUGCUUGGGAAAUUUAAGCAAUAUCUUCAGAUUGGGUUUGGUUGACAAUCAAUUACAUGACACUUUCCCACACUGGUUGUUGAAUGCGACCCAAGCAUUUUAUCUAGGUUUGCAGUCGAACGAGUUUCACGGGGUCAUUAAUGAAACUCCCCUCCCUCCGCAGCUUAGAUACUUAUACCUCUCCAACAACCAAUUUUCUGGACAGUUGCCGUUUAGUGGAGACAUUCCUCAUCAGCUCUGCAACGCCACUCGGCUAGAAGUGGUGAACCUCUCCAAUAAUAGCUUAACCGGUUCCAUUCCUCACUGUUUCAUAAAUUUAAGUGCAUCAGUGUUGGACCUCGGAGCAAAUAAGCUUGUUGGUCAAAUACCAGAGAUAUUUUUCUCGAGGAACAACUUGAAGAUGAUUCAGUUGAGUCAAAAUCGACUUGAAGGUACUCUGCCUCGAUCUUUGGCCAAUUGCAAGAAUUUGGAAGUUUUGGAUCUCAGUGAAAAUGAGUUGGAGGGACGCUUCCUUUAUUGGUUAGACACUCUUCCGAAUUUGCAAGUGCUCAAUUUGAGAUCCAACAAGCUUCGUGGUCUGAUUAACAGCUCCAGAAAGAAUAAUCAUCCCUUCCCGAAGUUGCAUAUUUUUGACCUCUCUAACAACAGCUUUUAUGGUCAUCUUCCGACUGAGUACAUUGCCAACUUCAUAGCCAUGAAGAAUGAAUCAAGAAGCGCUUCACAAUACAUGUGGGUAAAUGAUACUCGAGCAACCUAUCAAGAUUCUGUUACGGUGGUCAUGAAAGGGUUGGCGACUGAGUUGGUGAGAAUUCUGACAGUGUUUACGUCCAUCGACUUCUCGAGGAACUUCUUCGAAGGGCAGAUCCCAGAGUCAAUCGGAGAUCUAAAAGCACUCAAGGGAUUCAAUGUUUCUCACAACAAUCUGACUGGCAGCAUCCCUUCUUCUGUGGGGAACCUGACGAAUCUUGAGUGGUUGGACCUCUCCUCGAACAAGCUGGACGGGAAGAUCCCUGGAGGAUUGGCGGAUCUUACAUCGCUCGCCUGGUUGAAUCUCUCAGACAACCAGCUCGAGGGACUGAUUCCUCAAAGCAGGCAAUUUGACACAUUCAACCACCCCUUUGACGGGAAUCCUAGAUUGUGUGGGUAUCCCUUGCCAAACCCAUGUGGGACCAACGAGCAGCAGUUACCGCCUUCAACAUCCUUGGAAGAUGGAGAAGAGAAGGCGCAAUUCGAGCACUGGAUCGAAUGGAGGGCAGUGGCAAUGGGCUAUGGAUGCGGAAUUUCAUUCGGGAUAUCAGCAGGGUACAUUAUGCUGGAAACCAGGAGGCCGAAAUGGCUGGUGCGAAAGGUUGAGCGAUGGCUGGUGAGAACGGUCGAGAGGAAGAGACGUAGAAAGACAAAUAAGCCGAAGAAAAACGCGGCUCAAAGAAAUCAUAUGAGAAUCAACAGGAGAAGGGAUCGUGUGGACGAUGUUCUUGAGCGUGACAACCCGCGACAUCUGGAACAGAGGAUGGAGCAAAUCGUGAAUCAGAGGAUGGAUUGUAUGAUAGAAUAG